UUUCUAUACUGGUGAUGUAUCUGAAAAUUUCAUCUUCCAGUUUAUAGCUUUUCCAACUAAUCAUGAUAUGAUUGCCAUAUAUAGAUAGGGGCAAUUGUUGAAGGGAAAGUUGUUGUGGUAUUCUGACAAAGGAGGGGCCAUGCACCUGAAUACAAAUGGAGCUGAAUUACGGUAGACGGAUCAUACGGCUUUCACGCUGGAAUGUCCCCAGUGAAAGCGUAGGAGUCUGGGGAAGGUUCAGUUUCACCAGUCAAAAUGAAGGGAGAAGAAUAGAAAGUUUACUUUGAAGCCCACCGACUUGUUUGUGCGGUCUGUGAGAUUGACUUAGCUGAUCUGUUACGUAGCAGCCACUAACUAUCUCAAUAUAUAGGUUGGUAGAGUCUGUUUUAGGAAAAAAUUCAUAUAAGAGCCCUUUGGGGAAAUUUUGUAGGGAACAUGAUGAAGAUAUGUGAUCUGGAAGAAGAAACAAUGGGAGAAGAUCUUGACUUGCUGAGUCUGCCUGAGGAAGAGUAUGAAAAAAGAUGUGUCUACAUAGUACCUGACCAACCCUGUGACAGAGACCUACCUAACAGAGCAGAGGCCUCUUUACCCAGGAACCUGGUGCUCAAACCUUCACAGAUAUUCACUGAUGUUGUUGGUGUAUGGAGCACAGACUACAUACCAAAAGGAACAAGAUUUGGUCCCCUGGUAGGAGAGAUCUUCACCAAGGAUUCUAUUCCUAGAACUGCUGAGAAGAAGUUCUUGUGGCAGGUCCACCACAACCAUGACCUGUACCUGUAUGUCAAUAUAUUUGAUCCCAAGAAAAGCAACUGGCUUCGGUAUGUGAAUAGCGCCCCCUCCAAGCAGGCCCAGAACAUAGUAGUUUGUCAGGUGGACCAUGCUAUAUAUUUCUACACUGUAAGGCCCAUCCCUCCAGACUCCGAGCUCUUGUUCUGGUACUGUCAGGAGUUUGCUGAGCGUCUGAACAUUCCCCCAGCUGAGGAGAUUUACAAGUAUAAAAUGAAAGAACAACUCAGCCCACUCCCUGCAGAACUUCCAAAUCACAGGGUACCUGCCAUGCCAAACUACUGCAACAACAGCAGAACCAGCCAGACAAGACUCGAAAAGGAUCCAAAUGGUGUCAUAGACUUCAGUCUAAAGAAAAUGCCCAAAAUACAUCAUUUAGAGACAACUUCAGAGAAAGAACAAGAAGAACAAAAUCCAGCGCCAACUGCCCAGACAGUUCCCAGUUCUGUUGGUCCAAAGGUCCAGCCCAAACAGAGUCCAGAAAAGGAAGAGGUAUUCGACAUGUUAAAAAAACAAUGCCCCAGUCCACUACCCAAACAUGAUCCCUUUCCAUGCAGCAGUCCAGGGUCGGAAAAAAGUCAAGAUGAAAGUGACAGUGCAUUUGAAAGAUUCCCCACAAAAAAUGGAUACAAGAUACCCAGUAAACGCCCAGGUGCUGUCAUGAUUGAGAAUUUAUUAAUCAAGAAGAUGAAAGAAAGUGGAGAAACAGUGGAUGAACAGUCCUUAGAUGCAUUGAAAAUCAAAAAUGAGGAAAAAGAAAAAGAUGGAGAAACUGUAGCAAUGACAAAGGAUAUUAAAAAGGAGAGGAAAGACGGCGUGAUGCCUAUCAAACCAGAACCAAGUCAUCCAAAUUUGCCAAAUUGCUCAACACCAAUGCCUGCCAAAUUAUUGCCACCAUUGCCCAAUGCUCCUGCCAGUUUUCCCCAUGGCCCACCAAAAUUAGACUUCCCAGGUUAUCUAAAACCGGAUCUGAGACCAGGAUUACUGGGGAAAGUCCCACCCACGCCCUUUCAUCCAUUUGGCCUUACAGCCAGUAGCCCACUCUAUCCUUUCUACCAACACCCAGGCUUUGCCCAUUUGUAUUCAAUGAACGGAAUGUUACCUAUGAAUCAAUAUGCAGCAGCUUUGCCUUGGCAUCAUUUGUACCCUGCUUAUCAAGCCAUGCAAAAUGCUUACCUGAGCCAAAAUAUACAGCAAGUUAGCCCAACGACCAGUCACCCCCAUCAUGACCAAGCUCUGAACCUCAGCAAGCCAAAGAUGGACCUUCAGCUGAAUAGCUUGAAUGCAAACAACAUGAGGGGUUAUCGUUCCUUGCCAUUUCCACUGAAAAAGAAAGAUGGAAAAAUGCACUAUGAAUGUAAUGUGUGCUCCAAAACUUUUGGUCAGCUUUCCAAUCUAAAAGUGCAUUUACGUACUCACACUGGUGAACGCCCUUUUGUGUGUAAGACUUGCAGUAAAGGUUUCACCCAACUUGCUCAUCUUCAAAAGCACUAUCUUGUCCACACAGGAGAAAAACCACAUGAGUGUACUGUCUGUAAAAAACGUUUCAGUAGCACCAGUAAUUUGAAAACUCACAUGAGACUCCAUAGUGGUGAGAAACCUUUUCAGUGCAAACUCUGCCCUGCAAAAUUCACUCAGUUUGUCCAUUUAAAACUCCACAAAAGGUUGCAUACAAAUGAGCGCCCCUAUGAAUGCCCCAAAUGUAAUAGAAAAUACAUCAGUGCUAGUGGCCUGAAAACGCAUUGGAAAACAAGUAACUGCCUACCACCAGAAACUCCUAUUGAAAAUUUCCAUCUUCUUCAUGGUGAUGUUCCAGCUGAAUUUGGGGUCUCUGAUUCAGAUUUCACAGGGUCCAAUCAGGAACUGACUGAAAUGCCAGAAUUGAUGCCCUCAAGUCCCGGGGAGAGGGAGGGACUUCCUGGUUCUGGUUCUGAUCCUCUUGCUCUCCAAAAUAUGCAUAAUGAUAAUGUUGAUUGUGAUGCCAAUGCUACAGCAAGAGCCAGUCCAGCCACGUCUCUUGAGCCAAGAAGUCCAUCACAGGACCACAGUAGCAUUGUAUUGCCAUCGGAUACUUGCCCUCCUUGCCCUGAUUUAAGCUCACCUGGAAGUGAUAGUGACAGGUGAAAGAUGACUCUUUUACAGGAAAAGAUGCUAAUGUAACAGCAUUAAAUUCUUUUAAGUAUUUUUAAAAUUUAAAUUUUCAAAGAUUAAAAAAAUAUUUUUUUCCAGUGAACUGUUACCCCUUUAUCAUUCUUUUGCCAUUUUAUUGCCAUCUGCUGCUUUUACAUAAAUUUAUACAUAUAUAAAGUGUGGAGUCUUCUUCCAUUGAGCCAAAUUUACUGCCAUUCUUUCCAGAGCUUGCAUUCCUACUUUUUUGUGUGAUCUUGAUAAUAUUUGGAUGACUUGUUGCACUUUUAACAUUCCAGUUUUUGUGCCAUUUUGCAAUUUGAAGAAUGGGUCAAAAUAUUAUUGUAAUUUUAUCUCAGGGGCUGUGAAGUUUGCAUUAUAUUUGGGAAUUUCUGCUUGCAUGAUAUGUAAUUCUGUUAUAUUUAUUUAUUAGUAAAUUUUCUAUCAGAUUAGUUUUGUCAAUACUCUUGAUUGAAAAAUAACUUUUUCAGUGCAAUAUGUGUGAUAUGUGUAUGAUCUGUGAACUAUACUAUUAAUUUAAAGAUAUCUCUUAUCUUCUGAAAUUCUAUGGCAGUUAAUCAUUAAAUAAUAUUUUAGUGUUAAGCCUAUAGAUUGUUUUAAAUGAUAAGAUGGAAUUGUAGCCAAGUGUCAUCCUAGCUAUGACUAGAUUAAAAAGGAUUUUCUGUAAACCAGACUUUUUUCUUGUGUUAUGACUACAGUCUCUUUAUUGUUGAUGAUGGCAUUGUGAGAAUAAUGCGUUAUUACAGAGCAUGUAUUAUACUGAUUUGUCUUCACAAUGCAUUCCAUGUUUGAAAUAAUACCUUAACACUGGUAUUAAUUAUGAUAUUACUUUACAUUGUAUAAUUAGACAUUCAUGUAUCUUGUUUUUCAUCUGAUUGCCAGUUCGUUGUAAACACUGUUGUUUAUAUGAUUUUCAUUAUUGUAACCUCACAUGUACAGCUUGAGAAAAUGUACACAUAAUAUUCAAAUACUGUAACAAGCUCAGAUUAUGAUACCAGUAAUUUGCAGUUCAUUUGCAAACUAUGGCCAUGACAGUUUUGGUGAUAAUUUUUCUGAUGAAAAUAUGUGUGAAAUCAAAAACAAUUAACUUUCAUUGCCAUUGCCUUGUUAAUUACUGAGAUGAGAACAAGACUAGCUUAUAUUGUAUGUUUUAUCUUGCCAUUUAUCAUAUUUAUUUCCUCUUUUGUCUAUAUAAGUCAUUUCUGAUAUUAUGGAGUGUCAUAUAUUGUUGUUAUUAGCAAAAUAGACUUUCCACUGUUAUAAUUCUUUAUUAGAAUAGCUGAGAUUGAAAAAUAUAAGCUUCAGUGAACAUGAAGUGUCAAAUUGGUGUUGGGAUGUGAAAUUUUAAAUAAAAUAUUUAUUU